UCAGCAUGGCUCUGAUGUCAUCAUGUCGGAUCCUGGUCGUUGCGGUGCUGAUCGCGUGUAUGGUGUCGUCAGCAUGGGCCAUGUAUUGCGGCGACGAUGACUGCUACGACCUUCUCGGGGUGAAGCAGACAGCGACACAGCAGGAGAUCAAGAAGGCUUACUACAAGCUCUCCCUCAAAUACCAUCCAGACAAGAAUCCAGAGCCAGACGCGCAAGCCGUAUUCUCCAAAAUCGCCAACGCUUAUGAGAUUUUGUAUGAUGCGGAGAAGAGGGAGCAAUAUGACUAUGCCAUCGCGCAUCCAGAGCAGUUCUUCUACAACACUGCACGCUACUACCAAACUUAUUAUGCUCCUAAGACGGACAUUCGACUCAUCCUGCUUGCAGCGCUGUUGCUGCUCUCGUCCUUCCAGUACCUCAACGAUCACAUUCGAUACAACCAGGCUAUAGAGCACGCCAAGCAGACCCCAGCCUACCGCAAUCGCUUGAAGCAGCUGGAGCUGGAAAGGGCUGCGGCUGCUGCUGCUGCUGCCAGCACCACUGGUGGAGGCAGAGGGAAGCGUGGAGGGGGCCGGCGUGGAGGAAGAGCAGCUGACACCCAACAAGCUGGAGCAGCUGCUGCUGCUCCCCCAGAAAAUGGAGUGGCUGAACUCGAGCUUCAGGUGCAUGGAGCUGACAAGCCGUGUCCGUGGCGGCUCUUUGGUGUUCAAGUUGUCAUCUUCCCUUAUGUAGCUGCCAAGUUGAUAUGGUGGCAGGUGCAGUGGUUCCAUCGCUACACCAUGCGCCGUGCGCCUCUGGUAUGGAACGAUGCUUGCUACCUCACGCGCACCACCCUUCGUAUUCCUGCAGCUCACUGGAGCUCCAUGG